AUGUGCGAGCAGGCGCUCUGCGAGGAGCGGAGCGCGCUCGGCGAAAGGGGGGACCUCGCCUGCCCCGGGCGCCGCUGGGCGGGCAGCUCUGCGGCGCCCCUUGGGUGCGGCCGAGCGUGCCGCGGUACGCGGUGCUCCGCGGCUCUCUCCGGGGGCGGCGUCGGCGAGGCGCGGGCUGGUUGGUUCCCCGAUGGCCUCGGGGCCCAGACAGAGGCUCUGAGGUACCGCGGCGUUGCCGGCGCGGCGGGGGCGGCCGCGGCGGCCUCCGCUGCCGCGGCAGAGUCCGCGCAGGCCGCUGGCGUUGACUGCCCCUGGGCGGCCAGGGAGUCCUCGCCGAGUCGUGCGCCGCCCGGCCAAGGAGCACUGAGCAGCAGCGGCUCGAGCGCCCGCGGCCCCGCCGCCCCGGGGCGGGAGCUCCAUGCUCUUGCAGGUGAGACCGGCGCCGAGGCGAGAGCGCCUUUCUGGCCUCUCGCGCGGGCUGUCACCAGCGGCAGCACGGCCCGCGGCGGCGGCCCUCUCGGCUCCGACGUCAGCACGGACGACGGCGAGCAGGCGCGCCCGCGGCUCUCGGAGGGCGCCAAGCGCCACCUGGGGAAGGAUGGCCAGGCCUCCAGGACAUUGGCGGGCGCCGGCCAGGGCACACCGGGCACGCCCUCGCGCUAC